AUGGAUAUUGGAUAUUCAACAGUACAUUCAACAGAGAAAAAAGUUUCAGUUACUUUCUAUAGAGUUGUUUUGAGGUUCUAUAAAAGCACUAUUGAUUACAUAGUAAUAUUAAUAAUUGUAAUAUUCUUUUCAGCCUUGUUGCGAACUGUUUUGAAAGAUGCAAGAAUUCUUAUUCUUAUUAUAAUGUGUUUCAUAGGACUUGCCCUUGGAAUGUCAGCACAUUAUAUACACAAGUUACAGUUGAUCAAGACAGUUGCAAACGUACAUCCUGUAUUAUUCCUUCAUCUGUUUACACCAGUUAUAAUAUUUUCAGCCGCAUUUGACAUGGAUUUUUAUAUAUUUCGAAAAUCAUUUUGGCAGGUAUUGGUCCUUGCAGUUCCUGGAUUUUUGUUGAAUAGUGCUCUCAUUGGUGGAUUAACUUAUAAAAUCAAUAGGUAUGACUGGAAUUGGGAUGCUAGCAUGCUAUUUGGAAUAAUACUUAGCACAACAGACCCUAUCCUCUCAGUGAUUUCUGUAAAAAACAUAGGGCUUUCAAAAAUAGUAAUCAACAUAAUUACAGGAGAGUCUUUGUGUAAUGAUGCUGCCACAUCAAUUCUUUUUGAUCUAUAUCGUGACCUUGUGGAGAAUGUCCACACAGAGAUCGCUACAGAGAUUUUCGUAAAAUUAACUCUAAAAUUUUUUGCAAGUGUUAUAUUUGGAUUUUUGUCAUCAAGAGUUGUUUUGUUUUGUUUGAAACACGUAUUCAAUGAUAAAAUAGUUGAAGUAAUUUUAAGCUUCUCGAUGGCAUAUGUCAUUUUCUUCCUUGCUGAAUGGGCUGGAAUGUCUGGAGUUAUUUCUGUUACUAUUUUGGGUCUUCUUUUAGAUUCUUUAAGCUUUAGUCCAGGAACAGAAAUAUUUCUUUAUCAGUUCUGGUCAAUGAUGACAUUUUUGGCUCACCUUAUGAUAUACCUUAUCACAGGACUUGUGGUAGCUCAAAAAAUAUUUCUGCACAUGAAUAUCCGUAUUUUAUUUUAUGUUGUGACAGUCUACCUUUCAAUAAAUCUUACAAGGGCUUUAGUUAUUUUUGCACUUAGCCCUUUGUUGAGUCGUCUUGGCUAUGGAUUUAAUUGGCGUUGGGGAGCUGUUAUUGUUUGGAGUGGAAUGAGGGGCACAUUUACUUUGAAUAUGGCUCUUGCUAUUGGUCAAGAAGAAGGUCUAGAUAAACAGCAGUGGAAGAACAUGGUAUUAUUGCAUGCAGGAACCGUAUCUUUAUUGACCUUGAUGAUUAAUUCUACCACUGUGGAAAAGUUAGUUGUGACUUUAGGUCUUUGUGAUGUUACUCCUCCAAAGCGAAUGGCUAUGAGUAACGCAGUUCAGCGUAUCAUUCAAAUGGAGACACACAGCUUUUCGUUGCUGAAACUUGACAGAUAUUUGGCUGAUGCAAAUUGGGCAAUGGCUAAAGAAACAAUUAGAAUUGAUUACCCUUAUAAAGUGAAUGCCCAGCUGUUCCAAACAAUUAAAUGUCCAGAGUGUGAUAAUGAUGUUUCACGUGAGAGGAAUUCUCAACAACUUGCUGACUUAAUGGAAGAAGCCCGAUUGCGUCUCUUAAAUGCUCAAAUAGCCAAUUAUCAGAAGCAAUACAACACUGGAAUACUUAACCAAGAAGCUGCCCACACAUUGAUUGGUGUAGCAGAAAACUAUGUUGAUUUCAAAGGAAAGUUUAUGAAUAUCCAAGAAGUAAAGACAUACUGGGAAAGUAAAGGAUUACUGGUAACAAUUAAAAACUGGCUCAUGGAUUGGUCUUAUAAUGUAAAAGAAGAAAAAUCUAAGCCAUCAAGAAACAAGUUUCUGAAGAUGUGCCAUCAUACAGUAUUCAUGGAUGAAUUUGAAAAUACAAGUGCUGUCGUAACAUUACUGAAUAUCUGCCCUAUUCUUUUUCAUUUUAUACCAGGAAUUACCGUAGACUUUCAUGAACAACUAAAAAUGUGCAACUACUAUUUUCUGAGUUUGUAUAUAAUUGAAGCAACAAUGAAGGCUUCAGCGAUGGGGAAGACAUACCUCUAUCAUCACUGGAACCAGUUUGACCUUUUAAUUAUAACAGUGGGAAUUAUAGAUGUCAUCGUUAUAAAUGUCCUUAAGCAAAGUAAUCGAGAAUAUUAUAUGUUAAAUACCAUCAAUGUAUUCCGAAUUUUUCGUCUUCUAAGAAUUCUGCGACUCUUGAAGAUUGUGAUACCCAAAGUGAUUACCUUGCUGGAUAAACAAAUAAACAAACAGCUCACUUUUCGGUAUGAUAUUGCCAAAGGAUAUGUUCAGGGUGAAGAAAAUAUAAGCUGUUUAAUUGAGCAGAUAGCUGGCCAUGAAAUAGUUUAUAGGGAUUUUAAAAAAAUAUUUGAUAAGAACAAACAAGAUGCCAUGAAGGAGUUAGGACUAAUGCAGCAUGAGUAUCCAGAAAUUGUUACUGCUGUGAAAACUAAACAAGCAGUCCAAACAGUGCUAAACGCAGCUUUUGAAACUCUUAAAUUCAUGGUAUCUGGAGGAAUUGUUAAUGAAUAUGAAGGAAGAGAACUGCAUGAGAUGAUCCUAUUAAAACAAAAACAGCUUGCAAUGCUUCCACCUAUGAUUGCACCACCUACUGCAGAGGAACUUCUACGCAAUGUCAUGUGGUUACAGAAUGGCAAAGACCGCAUAGACUUUAUUCAGAAAAAAGCAAGAAUUAUUUGUUAUGACUAUGGAGAUAUCAUAUGUGAAGAAGGUGAACUUCCACGUGGCAUUCAUUUAAUUACAUCAGGAAUGACAAAGGUGUAUGGUUCCACUCCGCGUUAUGGAGUUGAGAAAGAUUUGUAUGAACAAAGACAUCCAACAAGACUUCCUUAUACAGAUUAUUUGGUCACUGGGGCCAUAAUAGGAGAGCUAAACUGCCUAACUAAGCAAGAAAUGGAAUAUAUGGUAACUUGUGAAACUGCUGUGCAGACAUGUUUUAUCUCUAUAGAGGAUUUGUUUGAAGCUUUUGAUAAGUUUUUGGAAUGUCCAUCUUUAGAAUAUAAAAUAUGGCUGAAACUUGCUCUUGAGGUUGCUCUCAAAACUUUCAAGGAAAACCUUCCUUAUGAGGACUGGUCAUACAAAAUGUGUGAGCAGCUUUCUAACUUGUAUGUGCUAGAUGUACCCAAUCACACCAAACAUGAUAUUUAUGAUGGGACUAUGGAAUAUGUUAUUCUUGUACAUGGAACGGUACAAGACUGUCAGAUACUACAACUUUUUUGUGCACCAUGCAUUUUACCUAAAACCUGCCACCAGGUACAAGGUACUGCGGCAACAUCAAAGCUAUUUAUUGUACGAACAGUAGAGCCUCUGAAGUUGAAGGACCCUGGAAAAUUAAGCAGCAUUUGCCAAAUUCAUACAGCAGCUCGGAGGCCGGGUAUCCUUAAGUGA